CACGUUUUUAAUGCAAGCAAGCUUAUUGGCCAGACCUUAAAAGCUUGUUUAAAUACAGUACGAAAAGAAAUAAAAAUGAUCGGCAACCUAUAAAAACUAAGUUUAUUUCCCACUACCUUGUUAAUUUGACCAUCGCCCACAAUGGCCAACAAGAAAAUCCCACCGUUUUCGGUCGCAGAAAAGCGAGAUAUCAUUCUCUACGUUCUCGGUAUUAUGUGCUACAAGUUCGCCCUUGAAUCGUACACUGGCACCAUAUCAUCCCUCGCCCUCGACCGCUUCCCCGUUGGUAAACGGUUCUUUUACAAGGGUUUUCUGGACGGAUUCAAUCAAGCGGCACAAUGCGUCGGUAGUAUUGCCGUGGCUCCUCUUAUGAGGAGAUUUCGAAUUAAGAAUAUUUUAGCCGUUGCGAUCGCAAUGUUUGCCGUGAUAUCGUCAUUGGGAAUGAUCAUUGAAGGGGCAACUGGCGGGAAACCACCUCAGGAUGGACGGAGUGCUAUUGCUGGAAAAUGGGAUGCUCGAAUUAUCAUCCCCAUCUUUGUCGCCGCCGGCUUUUCGCAUGGAACAGUGGAAUUGAUUCGGCGCGUCAUUCCCCGGGACAUUGUUGGUGGUGAUGUCGUUAAACUGAAGCGCAUGGACGCAAUCGUCCACAUCUUUUACGAAGUGGCGGGCACUUCUGGCGCCUUCUUUUCUGCAUUUAUCCAACUAGAAAUGGGUAAAGCGUACGCACCUGUUGUUACUCCAUUCCUGUUUGCGAUUGCCGCGGUGAUUUGGUCAAGAAUCAGACUCAACACUGCCAAACAGAAUGCACUCGAGGGAAUCGACCAUAAGGACGUACAUACCGGUCUCCAUGCUAUCGGUGCUGCCUUUGCGUCGUUCGGAUACGCAAUAUAUAAGGGAGGUCAGAUUAUCUUCUCCGACCGGAAGUUCUCAUGGCUGCUUCUGGGGUACUCUCUACCACUCUUUUUGCAUCGGUAUCUCGAAAACGGAUUGGCGCAGAAUUACGCAAAAUUGAUUCUUGAUCAGGCAGCAUAUGGUCAGAUCAUCGUGGGAGGAUCAAACUUUGGCGAGCUUAUCGGCGCUGCAUUUGUUUUGGCAUUCUCCACUGCUGUGAAAACACCGCUUCCCUGGCUUCGUCUUGACGCUCUCACUCUCUCCAUAACUUGGGUACUUUGGAAAGCUGAUCCCAGCGAAGUAGGGAACCUUCAAAUGGCUUGGAUUUUGGCCGGUAUUUUUGUGUUCAUCUCCUCCGGAUGGGCGGCUGGGGACUGUAGUUUGUCUGCUUUCAUUCAAUCCAAUCUAUCUCGGAUGAACAACACGGAUCCACGGGUCUCACCGCUCGGCGCUGUUAUGGCCUUUCUGUACGUCAGCUACAUUAUCACCUUCGCUAUUCUUAAUCCAGUUCUCGGCAAUUGGCUCGACAGUUUGUGGAAUACUCAGGGUGAGGCGGGUGCCCGGGAGUACUUUUUCUGGAUCGGUGGUGUAUUCUACUCCUUGUGCGGAGUUGUGAUAAUGGCAGCAACCUUCAUUCCAAGAGGAAGCUUUGCGCUUAAUCCCAAAUUGGAUGAUUAUGACAGGGAAGAGGAAAACGAUGUAGACACUGCUAAUGGAGAGAAGCAUCCCAACAAGAACCAGGAGAUGAUUGAGGAAAUUGUUGCUGGUUAGGAGCUUAUGGGGACUGUUGUUGUUUAGUUUAGUUUAGGCAAACGAGUAGAAGCCCGUUUUUUUUGUCAUUUGGAAUACC